AUGGACGUUUCAGAUGAAUCUUUUUCCGAAUCUGACCAAAGUGAUCUAGAAGCUGAAUAUGAUAGUGAGGAAGGAGAAGAAGGAGAAGAAGGAGGUGAAGAAAAUGAUAGAAAUGACGAGCAGGUGCUUCAACCCUGGUUUCGGAUAUUUCCACCCGAAGAAGAGCGUCGCCAGCCAGACUUUCAGGAAACUGUUGGACCACAGAAUAUGCCAAACCGAAAUUCGAAACCUAUAGCAUAUUUCUACCUACUGAUGACAUUAAACUUCUUACAGCACAUUGUCCAGGAAACUAAUAGGUAUGCUAGGGAUUUUAUAGCCAGUCGCGAAAGGAUUAGACGCUUCUCAAGGUUACAUGCUUGGCCUAAAGUUGGAGAAACUACAUUAACUGAAAUAAAAGGAUUCUUUGCUGUCAUUCUUAAUAUGGGUUUGGUUAGAAAAGCGACAAUAGCUGAAUAUUGGAAUUGUAAAUUGCCUAGUCAAGACACAUCAUGGUUUAGGAAAAUGUUUAGUCGAAACAGAUUUCAACUUGUUUUCAAAUUUUUUCAUCUUACUAACAAUAAUAACAUACCCGGCAGAAACGACCCAAAUUACAGUCCAACAGCAAAAUUUUAGUGCCUUAUUGAUUUAUUUAAUAGACAGUCGCAAUUCCAUUACAAACCGGAACAAAAUUUAAGUAUUGAUGAAAGUUUGAUAGGGACGCGGGGCAGAACAUGCAUGCUUCAAUAUAUACCAACAAAAAGUUCAAAGUUCGGGGUAAAAGUUUGGAUGCUUGUUGAGGCAGUAACAGGAUACAUCAUCCAUGCCAUAAUUUAUAGAGGAAAGACAUAUGACCCUACACCACCAGGACUAACCCAGGGUUCCUACGUUGUAAAUAACUUGUUAGAAAGAGCUGGGUUACUACGUAAAAAAUAUCAUGUCGUGUGCGACAGCUUUUUCACUUCCAUCGCGCUAGCUAAACAGCUUUUUCAACUUGAUACUUAUUUCACCGGGACAAUUCGACAGAACAGAAACAUGCCAAACAUGAUCAAACAUGCCAUA